UUUAGUUUUGUUGUUACUAAACUGUCUUGGAUAAGUUGCAAACAGCAGUCAUCCAGCAAAGUUUGCAUUUUUACUGACAUGAAUUAAACAUCAGUAUCAGUCAUUGGGGCCUUUCGUAAUGAAGUUGCUGUGCUGCUGUGGGCGUCCUCGGUCUUGAAAAGAACUCAAACCACAGUUUCAGCUCAGCUGGGAGGGAGUGUGACUACAGCAGGACAAGUGAAGGCUCAAGUUCACACAAUGUCACACAUGUUUUAUCAGUAAGUUCUAACACAAGUGUUACACUGACUUUGAAAAACAACAUUUGUGGUGUUUGCUGAAACUGUUUGCUUCACAAUGAAUCUGUUCAGUAUUACUGCAAAGACUUUUGUUUGUGUUUCCUCCAUGUUCAGUUUGCACAUUGUGCCGACUGGGUCCACGUUUAAUCUUGUAAAAAUUUUACAAAUGUGCAACAAAAGGUAACAGUAGCACUUUUAUGAACCAAAGUGAGCAUCAUGUUAAACUCUUCACAGGUUUCAUAUUUCACGCUUGCUGCCUACUUUGACACUGGACUGUUGAAAUACUUAUGUUUCAUGAUUAUUAUGUCAUUAUAUUUUUUCAUUCUUUGCUCCAAUCUCCUGCUCAUUGUGGUUAUCUGCAUGAACAGAAGCUUACAUGAACCUAUGUACAUUUUCCUGUGCAGCCUGUUUGUAAAUGAACUGUAUGGUAGUACAGGGUUGUUUCCAUUCCUGCUGGUUCAGAUCCUCUCUGACGUUCACACUGUUUCUGCUUCAGUUUGUUUCCUGCAGAUCUUCUGUGUACACUCUUAUGGAGCUGUAGAAUAUUUAAACUUAGCCAUCAUGUCUUAUGACAGAUAUCUCGCUAUCUGUUAUCCUCUGCAAUACAACACACGUAUGACGUAUAAGAAGAUUGCUAUACUGAUUGCUCUAACGUGGUUAUACCCUUGUUUUGCGAUGGUUGUGUUGUUAUCUUUGAGUUCUCCUUUACCGUUGUGUGGGAACAUCGUAAACAAAGUUUACUGCGAUACCUACUCUGUUGUCAAGCUGGCGUGCACUGACACCAGUAAAAUUAAUAUAUAUGGACUCAUGGCCACUUUUGGCACAAUAUUUGGUGCUUUACUUUUAAUCCUUUAUACUUACAUUAAGAUUCUUGUAGUUUGUUUUUUGGGUUCUAAACAGACGAGACAAAAAGCUGUCAGUACCUGCACACCUCACCUGGCUUCCCUCUUGAACUUUUCCUUUGGGGCUAGCUUUGAGAUACUACAGAGCAGGUUUAACAUGAGCAGCGUACCCAAUGUGCUGCGAAUAUUUUUAUCUUUAUACUUUCUCACAUGCCAGCCGCUCUUCAAUCCUGUAAUGUAUGGCCUGAAACUGUCCAAAAUCCGUGUCAUUUGUAGAAGUCUGAUAUCAAAAGCUGACUAUUAAUAUGU